UCAGGUGUACUAAAAAAAAUUAGAAUUACAAAGUGUUGCCAUAUGCAAUGUACCAAAAAAAAACAGCUGUUUCUAACCUCAAAGUUUACUGUUGCGAUGCUGGGAAGAAUUUUUCGAGUGAAAAACAAUCACCAAAUAAUCCGUAAAUAUGCGUCCUAUGUACAAGGGCAAUCCCCAGAGAAGGGUAUCCGUGAAUAUUUCUACUUCAUAGACCAUGAAGGAAGACUCUAUUUGGAUGAUGCCAGGAUGAAGAAUUUCACAUCUUGUUUCAAAGACAGGAAGUUUCUGCAUUUCUUCUUCACACGAGUGAAAUUCAAUGACUUUCCUCGGUACACAGACACUUUUCCGUACUUGUCACCAUGCGGUAGAGAACGCAAUUUCAUCCGCUGUGAUGAUCUCCCAAUUGUUUACACCCACACAAUGGACGAUGGGAUGAAGCUAUCAUUCAAUCAUGCUGGAGAUCUACUCACAGUCCCCUUUCAGCCAGACAAAAUCUUCAUGUCACCUGCCUCAGGGAGAGUAUAUCAUCCGGCAGCUGAGAGAUAUGGUUCUAUCGGUUUAAUUAGAUCAAAAUUGGCCAUUGAGUUCAGCAAGUAUUUUGACUUUCUGGAAGGCGAAUCCCAACCGCCGACACAUUUCACAUGGAAUGGGCAGAAAUAUGAGCUGGACAGGAAGUGGGUAAGCACAGCAAUCACGCAAAAGCCACUGUAGAAAACCAGAAGACAAGAUACAAUGUGAUCUUUCGUUAAUUAUCCGAAGCGUUUAUUAAUUUGAUAUCUUUACACAUUUUGCUGAAUUAUCGGUGUAAAUACAAUAUAAAUCUUUUUAUUAUUAA